AUGCACCAGUAGCUGCUAGAGGGGUGAAUGCUAGCUGCUGUCAUGUGAUUCGGUCAUGCAAGUGGAUAACAGGAAAUAAAGUUUUAGUUUCUUGCCAGCUGUUCUGUGUGCCAGACCCUUACUGGAACAAGAAGAUAUUGUAUUUGAAAUAAUUUCAUCUUGUAGUUGAUUAGAAGAAACAACUAUUUAACUAUUUCACAAGUUUUCCUACCUGAAUAAACACGUUUCUCCAGCUACUAUACGAAGGAAGUUGAAUGACAGUCUUGAGUGGAGCCAGGUCAGAUGGAUCUGUGCAAAGGAUAAGAGAUGUGGAAGCAAUGGCUCCAUGGCAUACUUGCCACCUGUUCCCAAGCCCAUAAAACCUGGACUGGAGUAAGAAGAGUGGCUUCAUUCUAUGGCAUGCUAUGCACUUCUCCAGCCCUUGAAGCACAUGCAGGAAUUCUCUUCACUGAAAAGAACUAAGAAGAAAACUCUUCAAUCAGAAGAAUUCCAUUAUGGGGAAAAAAAGGGCUAAAGUUAAAAACCUUGAGAAGAAUGAACAACAAAAUCUGCCUCCAAAUAUUGAUGACUGGACAAAAGAACAAGUAAAACAAUGGGUAACUGAAGAACUUAAGAUUGACCAGAAAUAUGGUGAAAUCUUGUUUAGCCAAGAUGUGACAGGUUCAAACUUGAAGCUGUUUACUACAGAACAUCUUACAGCUAUAGGCAUAACGUAUGGCCCAGCUCUUCAAAUUUUGAAUGCACUGAAAUUUAACUUUCUAGUUGAAAGCACAGCUCAGACAGUUAGACAAGAAGGUAGAAAAAAGACUUUUGAUGAAAAAUAUUUAAUGGAGAAGAAAGAUGGAGGGAGUGCAAAGCAAGACCAAAAGAAUAAAGGAAAAUCAAAGUCAGCAGAUGCCAGUGAAUCACAAGAACUUAGAUUAUCUGAAUGCACAGAGUCUAUGGAGUCUGUGCUCACAGAUAGAACAGAAAACAAGUUAGGUGAAGCAAAAGAUAAAUCAAAGAAAUUACUGGAAAAUAAUCAACAUCCAACCAGACAAAACUGUUUGCCAUAUCCUUUUGAUGAGUUUCAUGAUAGUCGUCGUUAUAUACAGCACUAUAUUCUUAAUGUCCCUGAAACAGGGCCACUGAAUCUCAUUGAGCCAGCACAUGAGUUCAAACUGUUCACAAACACAGAGAAUGCAACAGAAGAGGAUAUUAAGCUUAAAUUUAGCAAUGAAACCUUUAGAUUUGCUGCUGCAUGUAUGAAUUCCCGCACCAAUGGUACAAUUCAUUUUGGAGUAAGCAACAAGCCACAUGGGGAAAUUAUAGGAGUGAAACUAAGCAGUAAAGAUGAAUUUAUUGACGAUUUUAAUGAAAAAAUUGAAAAGUACUUUGACCGAAGUUUUGUCUGUGUUGCAAAAGCCUGCAUUAGGGAACCUAGAUUUGUGGAAGUAUUAUUGCAAAAUAACACUCCAUCAAAUACAUUUGUCAUUGAAGUAGAUGUAGUUCCAAGCCACACUAUAUGUGAAACAAAAUUUUUCCAUAUAAAUCAUUACAAUUUUAAGACUAAAACUUGGGAACCAUCUUUAUUUAUACGGGAUGGACCCAGCUCUAAAAACAUUCUUAAUAAUCCAAAAGAACUCCAGUCAUUUAAGUCCAAGAUUACAUUUGCAGCAGAUCGUCGAAAAGCAGCAGAGGAAGAACACAGAGAAAAACGAAAGAAGAAAGAGAAUGAGGGUCGAAAGCUGAUUAGCCUACUAACAGGUAGCAAGGACUUGCUGGAUAAUUCCUAUUAUGACCGGUAUAUAUUAGUAACAAACAAGUGCCAUCCAUCUCAAACACAGCACUUAGACUUUUUGCAGGAAGUAAAAUGGUUUGCUGUGCUGGAGUUUGAUUCUCAGUCAGAAAAGAUUGGGGUGGCCAAAAAAUACAGAGAAAAACGAGGUGCAAACCUUCAUUUUCCAAAUCAGUAUCAAAUGAAAGGCAAAUCAUUUUCUGAAAUAAUUGAAGAUCUGAAUCUCUAUCACCAGCCCAGCUGGAUUUUCUGCAAUGGCAGAUCAGACCUUAAUGAUGAAAAAUAUCAACCUUUAGAUCCCAGUUUGUGGCAACAAAAGAGGGCUGCUGAAGUCAGGAAAUUGAUUUCAUUUCUUUCACACCCAGAGGUACUGCAAAGAGGAAAGUUUCUAGUAGUGUUUCUUUUGCUCUCCGAAGUGGAAGAUCCAGGGGAUCCCCUUAUUGAAACAUUCUGCACAUUUUACCAAGAACUGGAAGGGCUUAAAGACAUGCUCUGCAUUUGUAUUGGUGCACAAACAUUCCAACUAUGGAAAGAUCUUCUGCAAGCCAGAUUCAUUAGUCCAGAAGAACUUACUGAGAGAUGUGUUGCUAAUUUAAACCUUCCAACAGUGAACGGCACUAUCCUUAAAUUGAAAUCUGUGACACAGUCUUCUCAGAGGCUUUUACCAUGUAAUGGUUCUUCUACAAUUCUUCUAAAGAAGGAAGAAGACUUCAUGACAGCAUUGGAAAUACUUUGUGAAAAUGAAUGCAAAGACACAGAUAUAGAGAAGGAUAAAGUUCAGUUUUCUGAAUUCAGAAAAUCUCAAGAAGAGCAUUUUUACCGGGGUGGCAAAGUUUCAUGGUGGAAUUUUUAUUUCUCCUCUGAAAACUAUUCUUCCCCCUUUAUCAAAAGGGACAGUUAUGAAAAACUUGAAGAGUUGAUUCAAUCUUCAUCCCAGUCCUCUACACAAAAACCAUCAAAAGUUAUCAAUCUUUAUCACUCUCCAGGCUGUGGUGGAACAACCUUAGCUAUGCAUGUUCUCUGGGAGUUAAAGAAGAAAUUCAGAUGUGCCGUUCUGAAAAAUAAAACUGUUGAUUUUGCAGAAAUCGGAACACAGACGACAACUUUAAUCACCUACGGCGCAACCAACCAAGAAGAUUACUUGCCAGUAUUACUUCUUGUAGAUGAUUUUGAAGAGCAAGAAAAUGUCUACCUUCUGCAGCAUGAAAUUCAGUCAGCUAUAGCAAGAAAAUGCAUUAGCUAUGAAAACCCUCUAGUGAUCAUCAUAAAUUGUAUGAGAUCUCAGAAUCCUGUGGAAAGCUCAAAGAGCAGUCAAUCAGACAGCAUUAAUCUAAAACGUGAACUUUCUUUCAAAGAGCAACGGGCUUUUGAGAAGAAACUGGAAGAAAUUAAACAGCAGCAUCAACACCCUGAAGAUUUCUAUUCAUUUAUGAUUAUGAAAGAACAAUUUAAUCCAGAAUAUAUAAAAAAUGUGGUCAAGAACACACUGAAAGGUUUGGACAUUAACAGCAAACAAGGACAACUUAUUUCCUUCCUGGCAAUAUUAAACUCUUACGUUACAGAGUCCACUAUCUCAGUAUCGCAAUGUGAAGAUUUCUUAGGAAUAGUUGACAAACAUUGGGGUAAAGAAAGUUUAGAAGACAAGAUGGGAAUUUGUUCUAAUAUUCUAAUACAAAGUAAGGUGCAAGAAUAUGCAACAUACAAAGGAGUGCGUAUCAUUCACCCACUAAUCGCUAAUUGCUGUCUAGAAGAAUUUAACCUAACCUAUAGGUUAACUAAAAGUGCAAUAACACUGCAAUUGUUAAAACAGAAUUUAUUUUAUGAUUCUGACAUGGGAAAAAGAAAACUUCUAGAUGAUGUGCAAAGUAUGCUACUUACCAGACAACGUAAAGAACAUGGAGAUGACACAGACACAUUGUUUUCCCCAUUAAUUGAAAAAAUUCAGACGGAAGAAGGUAGUGCUGAAGUUGAAAGCGUGCUACGUGAAGGAGCCCUUCAGUUUAGCCAAAACCCAUUCAUUUGCCAAGCCUUAGCAAGACACUACUACAUUAUAGACAAGAAUUUUGCCUCUGCACUGGAGUGGGCCAAAAAAGCCAGAAAGAGAGCCCCUAACAAUUCAUAUAUAUCAGACACUUUAGGCCAAGUCUUUAAAAGUCAGAUAAAAAAUUGGGUGGAUGAAAAUGGAAAAAGGAAGGUCAUAACUGCUGAAGACCUGAAACGUUUGCUAGAGCUUGCUAAGUUUGCUUCAGAGGCUUUUAAAGAAUCCCAACAACAAAAUGAAAGUACAGACAAUGUAAGAGAAGCUUUGCAGCUCCAAAAGUCUAAAAGGAGGUAUGAUACUUAUAAUACAGCUGGUUAUUUGGGGGAGAUAGAAACUGGUCUAUACACUAUAGAUAUUCUUGGGUGUACUCCUCUUUUCAACAAAAAAAAUCCAUUGUCCCAAGAAGAUAUGCUACAAUAUUUGUCAGGAAAGCAUCCCAUCCCACCAGCAACUACUGAAAGUGAAGAAUAUAAGUUUGCACUUGACCAUUACUGUUGUUAUUUAUCUAAUUUGCGCUCAAGUUUGAAAGAGGCAUUUGACUUUUUUGAGAACUACUUUGUCCUUCUGAAAACAAAAAAUAUUGAAAAAGAAAGUGUGGAGUUCAAAAUACGUAAGAAGGUUCGAGAAUGUUUCAACAAAUAUGCAGAAAUAUUUUGCCACUUGGAUCCUGAGAUAUCGGGGGACAAUCCAAUGAGCUCAAAACUCAGUUUGCCUCGGCAGGAGGAUCAGUGCAGGAGAAGUUUGGAGGCUUCCAAAGCAGACAGGUUCUCUGGGCUUUUGGAGUAUCUCAAUAGUCACGAAAAAGCUGAAAGCAAAAUGGAAGACAUAGUGAAUAAAUAUACAUUUUUGAUUGAAAAAUGCACACAUGCACCCCUAUUGAGGGAGAAACAGAAUUUCAUUUUGGCAAACAUUGUUCUCAGUUGUAUUAAACCUAAAUCCAGGAAGAUAUGGGCUCUUCAUGAAUUGAAUGCACAGCUUAGAAAAAUCCUACAGCAAGUAGGUCUAGAGCAUCGAUUUUCAGAACCUUACUUCUUAGCCACUUUAUUAUUCUGGCCAGAGAAUCAAAAACAAUUAGAUCAGGAUUCCAGGCAAAUGGAAAAGUAUGUCACAUCACUGAAGAAGUCUUUUAGAGGGCAAUACAAACAAAUGUGUCGUUCCAAGCAGCCUAUUGCUCAUUUCUAUCUUGGGAAUAAUAGAGGUCUGAAUAGGCUUGUUCACAAAGGAAAAAUAGAUCACUUUUUCAGUGAGCUCCAAGUACAUGACUUGCAUUCCCUGUGGCAAAAAGGAUGCAUAUGGGAAGAAAAGGUUGUCCAAAAUCUAUUGCUUCGUCUACAUGGCAAGGUCGAAAAUGAUCUUGUCUAUGUGGACUAUGGAAUUGAUGAAAAAAUCAGUAUACCAGUGCGACCUGCUUUCUUAGGCCGUCUCAGAAGUGGCAAAAGCAUAGAAAGAGUGUCUUUCUAUCUGGGAUUUUCCAUGGAUGGUCCAAUAGCAUAUGACAUAAAAAUGAUUUAAGAGUUUGAAUAAUUAAAGUAUGAUAUGCUCCAUUUCUACAUCCAUGGAGCCUUUUAGAUACAUUUUUUUAGCCUUAACAGUGCUUUAUUCAUAGCUUCAGAAGGCAGCAUCUGGGUUUCUGUGCAAUUCCCUCUUCUGUUCCUCCAGCCUCUUCACAUCUCGUGCAGAGCUCUCUAACUGCUCUCCUACUUUUCCAGAUAUGAGCACUGUGGUAUGAUAUGCCGACAUGCUGAUGCAAAGCAAGAUUCUUGAAUGGCUGAUGUGAAGAAAGAUAUUAUUUAGCCUGGAAAGAACUUUGCAGACAAAAUUACCCCAGCAUGGUUUGUUUUUAAAAUGCCAUGAUGGUUAUAAAGCCCUAUCACCUUCUGGUACAUACACGCCCUCCUAUGCUCCCAGCUGUUUUUUUAUUUUUACUAUUUUCCUAAAAACAUUAGGUCACCAAGCUGAUACUCCUAUACACAUUGAAUGUACAUAGAACAUUGAUCAAUUAGGGUCUGAUUCUCCACUGCCUUUACCUUAUGUAGUGAUUCACCUUGUAUGUUGUGGGUGUAAAAUGCUACCAAAUCAAAUGGUAGCAUUUUACACCAACUUUGCACAAGAGUAAAUGACUGUACAAGGUGCAAGGCAGGGGAGAUCAGGCCUUCGGGUAGCUAUGAAAAUAACCUUUUGAUCUACAGCAAAAUAUAUCUAUAACAGCUAUAUUCUGACAUACUCAUUUUUUAGAUAAACAAUAACUGUAAUAUUUUUACUCCAGGAAAAAUCAAGCAUUCCCCUUCCUCUUCCUCUGAGAUAUCUGAAAAUAAAGAUAGGACUAGGGUACAAAGCAAGGAUGCAAGUAUUUUCUGUUUUGGCUUACAAGGCACUGAAUGAAAGAACAUCACUAUUUCUGGCCCAUUUUAAAUUGAUCUGAGUUAAAAAUUUCAAAAGUGCCUAAGUCCCAUUUUCAAAAGGGACUUAGGCAUGUAGAAGUUUGGAAAUAGAACUUAGGCUCCUAAAUCACUUAAGAAAUUUUGAAAUUUUACCCCUUGUCAUAUAUGUUUCUAGGUCUAAAGGUUUACCCCUUCUGGUGGUUUUUCCAUAUUAGGGGCAUUUGUUUCUUUCCAGUGGUUUGUUCCUUUUUAACACUGAUCACUGUUGUCAUCAAUGGGAGAAACAACUGAAUGCAUAUGCAGGAAAUUGCCAUUUCAUAUGCUAGGGUUGUAUUAUAAAUUUUCCACAAAGAAAAGUACACUAGUAUGAAAUAUCAAAAACAGUAUGUUACUGCAGUCUGAGGAUUCUUCACAGUUACACUUCUAAACUGUGUGAAUAUGAUUAUCAGACUUUAAAUUUAUUAAGUUAGUAAAAUUUACAUACAUAAUUUUCUUUCAAAAUUACUUUAAAACUCUGGAUGUGUCUGUAACAUAGGAUGCAUCAUAUUAAAGACAUAUAUAUAUGUAAUCAUAUAAUCAUAUAUAUAUGUAUAUAAUCAUAUAAUCAUAUAAAAUCCAGCUAUGGGAUUUCAAUAUGACUAAUCACCUGAGUAAGGUCUAUUCCAGCUAUUGGACAACAACCAAUACCUGAUGCUUCAGAGUAAGGUGAAAAAACAAACCUAUAGUACAUCUAGCCAGUUGUACAAAAUACCACAUGAAAGGAAAUCCUUCCUGACCCCUUGCAGGCUAUCAAUGUUUGCCCUGAAUCAUGAUGGGAUUAAUUAAUUACCCAUAGGUUUUAUAGGAUUUUUAAUUUUUAUAACUUCAAAUAUUACUUUGAAAUAUACACCUGCAACAUUACUCUGCAAUAGUAUAACCCUUUUAUAGCUGCAAAUAUUGGUACCGUAUUUGGAAUGUUUAUAAAAUUAUAAAACUUUUAAAAAUUCAGUCAGAUUGUUUCUCUUUAGCUUCCUAGAGACGUGAAUAUUACAAUUUGAUUGUAUGCUGUUUGGAGUACUUCCUUUUACUCAUUUGUUAAUUUCAUCCAGUGACCUCUUGUUCUUGUAUUAUGGGAUAAAGUAAAAGGAAGAGUCUGAUCAAUAUUCACUGAUUGAUAAUAGUUUAAGUUAAACUUGAUAAUAGCUUAGCGUAAUCUUUUCACCAACGUAUCCAAAAAGGUAUCCAAAAAUCUGAUAUAUCUUAUAUACUCAUUCAUAAGCUGAAUUUUUUUAGUAAAAAAAGGGAAGCAUCAGAGAAGGGGGUCGGUUUAUGAACAGGUAUAGAGAGGGAGAGGUGGGACACAGCCCCUCCCCCCAACAGAGGGAGUAAGGAGAGGCAACACAGCCAGCAGAGCCAGAAGGGAAGAGGCGGGGCCAGAGUCUCUCUGCUUCUGGCCACGCUGCUCUCCCCCCCAGCCCCUGAAGCAGCUGCAGCUCUGGGGCUGGCAGGUUGUGGCUGCGCCGCCCUGCCCCGCCUGCUGGAGCAGGCUGUGCCCGCACCACCCAGCCCGCUGGAGCACGCUGCGGCCGUGCCACCCGGCUCAGCCCACGGGAACAUGCUUCGGCCGCGCUGCCCUGCCAUGCCGCCCAGCCUGCUGGAGCAGCUCCAGCCAGGCCAGCUAAGGUGGGAAGGGAUGGGAUGGGGAGAGUGUGGGGGUCCCGGGCUACGGGUGGGGUCAUGUGGGGGGUGGUCACAGGGGUUACUACCCUGACCCCCCAGCUUCUCCCCCCAAAAAAAUUUCCCCACCAGUUGCUGUCCCGGCCCACCAGGGUAAGCAGCUGGCGGGCUGGGACACUUUGUUUACUUAGGUUUACUUCCGUGCCUGCGGACGCUCAAGGUAAACAAACCAUUUCUGCCCACCAGUGGCUUAUCCUGACGGCUCGGGAGCCAAAGUUUGCCGAAGCCUGAAUUAUAGGGUCAGCUUAUGAAUGGGUCAUAAAAUUUUUCCAUUUUUACUUAUCCAUCUUGAGGGGGUCGUCUUAUAAAUGAACCAGCUUAUGAUUGAGUAUAUAUGGUAGUUGCCAAAUGCCACAUGCAUAAGAAAACCUGGACAUAUUUAUGCAUUAGUGAAUUGUUUACGAAUGCUAAACAUCAAGGCCCAGAUCCUGAAAGGUAUAUAGGUACUGAACACCCAGUGAAAUCAAUGGAAGUUCAGUAUCUAAAUACUUCUGAGGAUCUGGGCUUAAGCAAUUCUCGAGCUUACUGGAGCUUUUUUGGUAUUUUGUUUGUUUAGGGGUUAUUUAUAUUUCUCAUGAGUUGACUUCCAGCUCUCUGGAAAUCAUGUACUGUGCAAAUUAAUAUUUGUUACAUCUUAUGUGGAUUUGCCUGAAGUUUUCCUUGCUCAUUCAGAAACAUGGUAUUUAAUAAAAAAGGGAAUUUGGGA